AUGUUUCCGCUGAUAAGCGUCCGCUUCAGACGAACGGUCGAGAAGUGGUUCAUUACUGUUGGGAUCUAUCUAUCUAUCUAUCUAUCUAUCUAUCUAUCUAUCUAUCUAUCACAGUCUUCUUCUAUCUAUCUAUCUAUCUAUCUAUCUAUCUAUCUAUCUAUCUAUCUCAGCCUGUUCAUAUCUAUCUCAGCCUGUUCAUAUCUAUCUAUCUAUCUAUCUAUCUAUCUAUCUAUCUAUCUAUCUAUCUAUCUAAAUCAGUUCAGAUCUAUCUAUCUAUCUAUCUAUCUAUCUAUCUCACUGUACAUAUCUAUCUAUCUAUCUAAAUCUCCUGUUCAUAUCUAUCUAUCUAUCUAUCUAAAUCUGUUCAGAUCUAUCUAUCUAUCUAAAUCUCCUGUUCAUAUCUAUCUCGGCCUGUUCAUAUCUAUCUAUCUAUCUAUCUAUCUAUCUAUCUAUCUAUCUAAAUCUGUUCAUAUGUAUCUCAGCCUGUUCAUAUCUCUCUCAGCCUGUUCAUAUCUAUCUAUCUAUCUAUCUAUCUAUCUAUCUAUCUAUCUAUCUAUCUAUCUAUCUAAAUCUGUUCAGAUCUAUCUAUCUAUCUAUCUAUCUAUCUAUCUAUCUAUCUAUCUAUCUAUUUGUUUGUUUAUAUAUCUCUCAAUCUUUUCAUAUCAAUCUAUGUAUCUCAAUGUGAUAAUAUCAAUCUCUCUCAAUAUGUUCAUAUCUAUCUAUCUAUCUAUCUAUCUAUCUAUCUAUCUAUCUAUCUAUCUCAAUUUGUUCACAUCUAUCUAUCUAUCUAUCUAUCUAUCUAUCUAUCAAUUUUUUGUUCACAUCUCUCUCUCUCUCUCUAUCUAUCUAUCUAUCUAUAUUUGUUCACAUCUAUCUAUCUAUCUAUCUAUCUAUCUAUCUAUCUAUCUAUCUAUCUAUCUCACUCUGUUCAUAUCUAUCUAUCUAUUAAUUUGUUUAUAUCUAUCUAUCUCAACCUUUUCAUAUCAAUCUAUGUAUCUCAAUGUGUUAAUAUCAAUCUCUCUCAAUAUGUUCAUAUCUAUCUAUCUAUCUCAAUUUGUUCACAUCUAUCUAUCUAUCUAUCUAUCUAUCUAUCUAUCUAUCUAUCUCAGUCUAUUCACAUCUAUCUAUCUAUCUAUCUAUCUAUCUAUCUAUCUAUCUAUCUAUCUGAAUCUUUUCAGUUCUAUUUGCCUGACGCUCUCUAUCUCUCUAUCUGUAAUUUUCUCUCAUUCACUUUCGUUCAUUUUCCUUUUCUGUACCUAA